CACACAAGCAGGCUCGGUCAUAUUUGAGAACGUCUGCACGUUUGAUAGAUUUCCAAUUCCAUGAAUAUCAUAAACAACUAACACAAGACAAAUUAUGGACCCUCGCUCAAGUGCCCAGGAUGUGCAUCGAUGUGACCUUUGUGAGACCGCCAUAGUACACAGCUACUGUGACUUUUGUCAUGUCAACCUCUGCAAGCCCUGUAUACUAGAUCACAUCUUAGAUGAAUAUGACAAACAUAAAAUUGUCCCUUUCCAGGAACGAAGAUCAACCCUCGUUUAUUCAAAAUGUAGGACACAUCCACAAAAAAAUUGCGAUUUGCUGUGCAAGAAUUGCAACAACCUAUUUGUUUGUUCCUCUUGUACUGCUUCUGAACAACACAGGGGACAUAUAUUUGUAGAUGUUACUGAGGUUUACAAGACAAAGAAAAACAAUAUCGAAAAAGACACAGAGGAAUUAGAGAAUCUUAUUUCUCCUAAAUAUAAAGAAAUUGCAAUAGACUUGGAAAAUCAGCUUGCCAACCUGGAUGGAGGAUAUGAGAAACUUACAACAACAAUGUCCAAACAAGGAGAGCAAUGGCACAGAGAAAUCGACAUCGUUAUCAACAAAAUGAAAACUGAAAUCAGCGAGAUAAAAGUGAAACACAAAGACAUUUUACAGAAACACUUGGAUGAAAUCAAACAGAUACAGUCUCUGAUAAAACAAACAUUACUUGCCUUAAACGAAAUCGAUAAAUCUACUGCAGUAGCUCCUACCAUUGAAUACAACUCAAAUAUCAGAGAAUUUAGCAAACUUCCACCCAAGCUUCAAGUAAAACUGCCAACAUACAUUCCAAAACCGAUAGACCGUGAGAAGCUGUAUAGUUUGUUUGGACAGAUCACCCCAUUAUCUACUGCUAAAGAAGAAAGUGUCUCGUUAAUGAACCAACCCAACACUUCAGUCAGAGAACUACUGGAUGAACCGGAGCUAGUUGCCACAAUACAGACUGGGUGUGAAAAACUUCUCGGUGUUACCUGUCUAGAUGAAGACGGUGUAUGGACUGAUGAAUGCACCAAUAAAAUCAAAUGCUUUAACAUUAAAGGUUCACUUCUCCAAACAAUCGGGACAAAAUCAGGACAAUAUCCCAAUGACAUAGUUGUAAACAGUGAUGGGGAUCUACUAUACUCCGAAUGGAAAACUAGGACAGUGAAUAAAGUAAAGAAUGGACAGAUAGAAGAGUUGAUCAUAUUACAGGGAUGGAUUCCUUGUAAUCUGUGUGUCACCUCUACUGGUGAUCUCCUGGUUACUAUGUACAGUAAUAAUGGAACUCAAUCCAAAGUUGUCCGGUAUUUGGGUUCUACAGAGAAACAAACAAUUCAAUUUGAUGAUGAAGGUAAACCUCUGUACUCAGGGAAUAGUAACAUUAAAUACAUCACAGAGAACAGAAACCAUGAAAUCUGUGUAGCUGAUUUCAGGGCCAGGGCAGUAGUGGUGGUUAAUCAGGACGGGAAACUCAGAUGGAGAUACUCCGGUCAUCCCUCAGUUACCAAGAACAAACCAUUUAAACCCUGUGGUAUAACAACAGACAGUCAUAGUCGUAUCCUGACAGCCGAUAGAGACAACCAUUGUAUCCACAUUCUGGAUCACAAUGGACAGUUACUCCGUUACAUUGAUAACUGUGAUCUAAACAAUCCUUAUGGUUUAUGUGUGGACAAUAAUGAAAAUCUGUUUGUGUCAGAAUAUAAAAAAGGCAAUGUAAAGAAAAUAAAAUUUCUAAGAAAGACACCAAAUUGGUGACUGAUAAAGAUAUAGCAGAAACCAUUUUCAUUACUUUGGCAAUUUUUUUAUAACUUAAGAUAUACUUAACAUGUUAUUAAAAUCCAGUCAUCAUUUCCUCAUUCAUUAUAUUACAUAUUAUACGUGAUAUAAUACAUGAUUGUUGAGCAAGUUGAGUUUUCAUUUGUUUUAUACGAUUUUCUUUUUUUUACAACUAAAUGUCCAAGAUAUUGCAUUUGAUAAUUAAAGCAAUGCUUCCUUAUAAAACAGAAAAUGACGCCCCAUUUCCUUUUGGUAAA